AUGAAGUUUUCAACGCUCACAUUCACGGCUUUGUCGUUUGCUAGUAUUGCCAAGGGUCAUGUCUUGAGCCCAGCAUCGGGUCCACUUGAAAUUGAAUUGGUGGAAAAAAGAGAAGUUCCAGAAUUGACUGUUCUCCAACAAAGAGAUAUUUCCUCGUUUGUCGAGGGCUUAAUCUCAGAUAUCAAUGUCACUGCCAUUAUCGACUCGAUCGAUUGGGAAGAAAUUGCCGGUUGGGCAAACAAUUUGUUGACUGAGGAUGACAAUGUCAAGUAUUUGGACUAUAUCUUGAACUUUUUGGGAAGCACUAAUUUGGUUCCAGCAGCAAUCAGCUUUAUCCUUUCAAACAAUGAGACUAGAAGUAUUGCUGGUGAUGCUGUUGUUGGUUUAUUAGGUGUUGCUCAACAAUUUGACAUUACUCCAGUCUUUAAUGCUUUAAAGAACUCGGGAUUGGUCUACACAUUGAUUGCAGACUUGAUCGAAAAUCCAAACACAUUGCCAUUUGUUGAGCAAGUGCUCAAGGAUACUCUUGGCAGCAACUCAUUAAUCUCGGGUUUGUUGGAUGGUGGUAGUGGUUCAUCUGCAGAUGGUACUGUUCUUGCAACCGCAGUGACUACGGGCAUUACUCUUAGCUCUGCAGGUGUUACUGCCUCAGUUGCUGCCUCUGUUAGUGCAAGCAUCAACACUGCAAACAAUCCAUUAUACUCACUCAAUGCCAACUCGAAAUUUGGUGCUGCAACCACCACUGCCAACCCAAGUGACAUCAACACUGGAAGCAUUGCUGCAUUGAUUUCAGAGGCUGGCGCUCAAGUGAGUGGAAACUCAAACCCACUUUAUGCUUCUGCUACUACUUCUGCCGGUGGUGCCCUUACAACCACCACUAAAGCUGCAUUGACUACUUCUGCCACUGCUGCUGUAACUGCAAAAGCUGGUGGUAGUGGUGUUCAAGUUGGCACCUACAACCUUGCUACAAUUACCGGUCCUGCAUUCCAAUCAGUUCCUACUUCGCUGUUUGGACUGGGUCCAACCACCAUCAACUACUCUGCCUUGGGUCAAAUCACUGCUGCAUUUGGUGGUAGCGGUUCCAAGAAGAGAGAUGCCGUUUAUGAAGCAUUGCAAGAAAUGAAAAAGAGAGAAGAACAAGAAGAGGAUGAAGUUAACCAAGCCUUGCAAAAGAUGAAGAGAGACAAUAUUGAAGAUUUGUUAACCACCAUUUUCUCGUCCAUUGUCAGAUCCAACUUGUUGAAUGAGACUAUUCAAUAUUUGGUUACCGAUGAGCAAUUUGAAAAUACUGUUGCCCAACUUUUGGAGGGUGUCUUUAGCAACAUUGGCUCUACUUUGACCGGAGUUUUCAGCACUGAUUGGUCAGCAUUGUACCCAUUGAUUGAAUCCUUGUUGAACUCUGGUUUGUUGACCGAUACCAUUACCAGAGCAUUCAAUGACCCAGACUUGAAAGAUGCGUUAUACAGGGACUUCCAAGAGAUUUUCAAAAGGGAUUUGGAGGCUAGAGAUGAACAGGUUUCCACCUUGGUAUCCAGCUAUGUUGUGACAGUCUCAGAGUCUGCAUCCAGCAAUGGCACUGCACCAGCUGUUUCCACUAUUGACUCUGAGAAUGCAGGUUCACCUGCUGUCUUCAAUUUGGCAUUACCUGCAUUCGCUGCAAUUGGUUUGUCAGCAUUGGUAAUGUAA